CCACGCGGGCUCUACCUGACCGUGCAGCAGGCCCUGCAGGAAAAGGGGUGCAAGAGCAAGAGUCAGGGGACGAAAGAAGAGAAGCUCCUGAAGAGGCUCCGGCUCCCAGGCGGGACCGGGAGGCCCAGGAAGCUGGUGACACCAUGAAUGCAGAGAAAACAGGUGGGAUGCUCUUUGGCAUCAGGAGGUGCUUGACCCUGUCGGGGCCACCAGGUGCGGCCCCAUAGUGCAUAGGAUGGUCAAAACCAUUUCCCAGCUUCAGGAGGAGAAAGCCCAGCUUCAAGAGGAGCUGGCAAUCCUACAGGAGUGGCUGGCCCUCCGCGACAGUGACCAGCCAGCCACAUCCACCCAGCUGCAGAACCAGGUGGAAAGCCUGAAGGAGAAGCUCAUCAGCCAGGCCCAGGAAGUGAGACGUCUCCGAUCAGAGCUGGGGGGCACUGACUUGGAGAAGCACCGGGACCUGCUGAUGGUGGAGAAUGAGCAGCUGAGGCAGAAGAUGCAGCGCUGCAAGGCUGAGCUACAGGAGCUGCGGGCGACACCAGUGGCCCCUUGCCCCGGCUGUGAGCACAGCCAGGAGAGUGCCCAGCUCCACGACAAGCUGUCCCAGCUGCAGCUGGAGGUGGCAGAGAACAAAGGCAUGCUGUCAGAGCUGAACCUGGAGGUGCAGCAGAAGACUGACCGGCUGGCAGAGGUGGAGCUGUGGCUCAAGGACUGCCUGGCUGAGAAGGCGCAGGAGGAGGCGCGGCUCAGCCGGCACCUGCGCGACAGCCAUGGGACUAUUGCCAGCCUAAGGGCCCAGUCCCCACCUGUCAAGUAUGUCAUCAAGACGGUGGAGGUGGAGUCACCCAAGAUGAAGCAGGCCUUCAGUGAGUCCCAGACCUGGAACCAGCACCUGCAGGAGCAGGCGGCCAUGCUGAGGCAGGUGCUGAAGGAGAUGGAGCAGCAGCUGCAGAGCUCACAUCAGCUGACCAUGCAGCUUCGGGCACAGAUUGCCAUGUAUGAGUCAGAGCUGGAGCAGGCACACAGACAGAUGCUGGAAGAGAUGCAGUCGCUGGAGGAGGAUAAGAACUGAGCCAUCGAGGAGGCCCUUGCCAGAGCCCAGGUGGAGAUGAAGGCCGUGCAUGAGAAGCUGGCAGGUGGCUGGGCCAACCUGCUGAUGCUGCAGCCAGCACUGCGGACCCUCACUCACGACUACAAUGGGCUCAAGUGGCAGGUGCGCAGCUUCCCGUUGCUUUUGCAGGAGGCCCUCAGGAGUGUCAAGGCGGAGCUAGGCCAGGCCAUUGAGGAGGUCAACAGCAAUAACCAGGAGCUGCUGCUCAAGUACCACCGGGAGCUGCAGCUGCUCAAGAAGUGCCACAAUGAGCUCGUGCAGCUGAAAGGGAACAUCCGAGUGAUUGCUCGUGUCCAGACAGUCACCAAAGAAGACGGGGAAGGACCCGAGGCAACCAAUGCUGUGACCUUUGAUCCCAAUGACGACUCCAUCAUCCAUCUGCUGCAUAAGGGCAAGCCUGUGUCCUUCGAGUUGGACAAGGUCUUCUCCCCACGGGCAUCACAGCAGGAUGUGUUCCAGGAGGUACAAGCCCUGAUCACCUCCUGCACUGAUGGCUUCAAUGUCUGCAUCUUUGCCUACGGACAGACAGGUGCUGGCAAGACAUACGCGAUGGAGGGGACCCCUGAGAACCCUGGCAUCAACCAGCGGGCCCUGCAGCUGCUCUUCUCGGAGGUGCAGGAGAAGGCAUCCGCCUGGGAAUACAUCAUCACUGUCAGAGCCGCGGAGAUCUACAAGGCCCUCAGGGACCUGCUGGGGAAAGAGCCACAGGAGAAACUAGAGAUCUGGCUGUGCCCAGAUGGGAGCAGGCAGCUGUACGUGCCAGGGCUGACAGAGCUCCAGGUGCAGAGUGUGAAUGAUAUCAACAAGGUGUUUGAGUUCGGCCAUACCAACCAAACCAUGGAGUUCACCAAUCUGAAUGAGCACAGCUCCCGUUCGCACGCACAGCUCAUUGUGACCAUGCAUGGUCUGGACUGCAGCACAGGCCUGCGCACCAUGGGAAAGCUGAACCUGGUGGACUUGGCAGUUUCGGAGCAUGUGGGCAAGUCUGGGGCUGAGGGCAGCCGCCUGCAAGAGGCUCAACACAUCAACAAGUCACUGUCGGCCCUGGGGGAUGUUAUUGCUGCCCUGUGCUCCCGCCAGGGCCAUGUGCCCUUCCGCAACUCCAAGCUCACCUACCUGCUGCAGGACUCACUCAAGACCCUCGCGGUGAUGCAGGUGUCCCCCGUGGAGAAGAACACCAGCGAGAUGCUUUAUUCCCUCAAUUUUGGAGAGCUGGGCCCUGGGCCACGCCGGGCAGAGCUGGGGUCCUGGUCAAGCCAGGAGCAUCUAGAGUGGGAGCCAGCUUGCCAGACGCCACAGCCUUCAGCACGAGCCCAUUCGGCCCCCAGCUCUGGGCCCACAAGCAGUCCUGGCUCCAUCCAUAGGAAGCUGCAGCCCUCUGGGAAGUCGAGGCCGGUGCCUGUGUGA